AUGAUGAUGGAGUCCACACUCGUGAAUCACCGGAUCGUGCUAGAGGACGAGUUUGACGCGCUCUCGAUUGAGGUCGAUGCGCCGGCUGAGGACAAGGUCGAGAAGGACCAGAAGUAUCCUGCAAAGUGGCACGCGCGGAAAGUUGCUGAGCAGCUCGGUGUCGACUAUGGCAUCGUCUUUCUGCCCGGACAAGUUGAGCUCAGUUACGAGGAUGCAGACAUGGGCCCUCCUUUUCGGCAACGACGAUACUUCUACUACAUCACAGGCGCCAACUUCCCAGGUUGCGCCGUGACAUACGACUUGUCGGCCGACAAGCUCACGCUCUGGAUUCCGUAUACGCCGCCAGCGACGAUAUUGUACUUUGGCAACAGCCCGACCCCAGAGCAGUGUCUCACCAAGUAUGACGUCCAUGAUGUGAAGUAUAUCAGCGAGCUUCCCAAGUAUCUGGCUUCGAGACUGGCCAGCGUCCGCUCACUCUACGUCCUGCACGCGACACAGCUCCCCAAGUUUGAUGGCUUUGAGCAGGUCAAGCCUCGCAUCGAGAUUGACACGACGAGCCUGCAGCCCGCCAUGGACCGAGCGCGUGUCAUCAAAACAGAGUAUGAAGUCGCGGCGAUCCGCAAAGCCAACGCCAUCUCAUCCAGGGCGCACAAGCGCAUCGCCGAGGCCAUUUCGGGCUAUACCAACGAGUGCCAAGUUGAAGCGGCGUUCCUGGCCUCUUGUACUGCGGAAAACUCUCACGCCCAGUCGUACGGCAUCAUCGCGGGUUCUGGCGUCAACGCCUCGACGCUACACUACGACGCCAACAAUGAGCCGCUUGCGGGUCGGCAGACCAUCGUCGUCGACGCAGGCGCAGAGUGGGAGUGCUAUACUAGCGACAUCACCCGCACGCUGCCCCUGGGCCGGGAGGGGAAGUUCACCACCGACGCUGCCGCGAUAUACUCGAUCGUGAAGAGCAUGCAGGAGGAGUGCAUCGAGCGCGUGAAGCCGGGCGUCGUGUACCGCGACCUGCAGCUGCACGCAACGCUCGUCGCCGUCAAGGGCCUCCUGGCGCUCGGCAUCCUGCGCGGCGGCACCGCGGCCGAGAUCUUCAAGAACGGCACGGCGGCGGCCUUCUUCCCGCAUGGCCUGGGCCACCACGUCGGCCUCGACGUGCACGACGUCCUGUCCCGCGACCUCUUGCGCCCCGCAGGCGAGAACCUCUGGGGCAAGCGCCGGCCUGUCGGCCCGCAGACGCUGCGCGCCAUGAUCAAGCAGGCGUCGAUGAACUACCACGACGACUCGGACGACAACAGCACGACCGCCGGAGGCGCCGGCACCCGCGCCGCUUCCCGACUCUCGCCCUCGCCCUCGCCGUCAUCAAAGGCGCCAUCUUCAAGAACCCCGGAAGAGGACGACGACGCGGGCAUCCCGCUAGGCGUCCUGCGGCCAAACAUGAUCGUCACCAUCGAGCCUGGCAUUUACUUCUGCAGGCCGUACAUCGAUGGCUACUUCUUGUCCAAGGAAGAGCACAGGAAGUACAUUGACGUCGACGUCCUGAACAAGUACGCGCCCGUGGGCGGCGUGCGCAUCGAAGACUGCAUCCUCGUGACAAAAGACGGAUAUGAGAACCUGUCGACCGCGCCAAAGUACUGA